CGGAGGACGCAGCCGCUGGCCUCAGAGCAGGGGGCAGGUCCGGAGGCGGAGGAGCUCCAGGUGUCGUCGCUGCUGUUGUACCUCACAGAGCCAGAAAACAGGCUUCCUCCAUCCAUCUGUCCCUCUCUCGGCGAAGACAUCAGCACCAUGUUCAUCGAGGUGCUGCUUGGCCUUGUGAUCGCAGGAUUGAUCUUUAUCCUGGUUCAGAGGAGCAAGACUCAGGUUCUGAAGACGGAGGAUGGUUGGUGGGGGGUCGGAGCGCCCCCAGAUGACGGGGAGGACUUAACCAUCCGUCCGUACAGAGUCAGCACCAGCGACAAAGAGCUGGAGGACCUGUACAUGAGGAUAGACCAGACGCGCCCCAUUCCCUCUCUGGAGGACAGCCAGUUUAAUUACGGCUUCAACUCCCAGUACCUGCAGAAAGUGGUGUCAUACUGGAGAAAUGACUUUGACUGGAGGAGACAAGUGGACAAACUCAAUCAGUACCCCCACUUCAAAACCAACAUCGAAGGCAUUGAUGUCCAUUAUGUGCAUGUGAAGCCCAAGAACCUACCGGAGGGAACCAGCACUAUUCCACUGAUAAUGGUCCAUGGCUGGCCCGGCUCCUUCUAUGAGUUUUAUGGGAUGAUUCCUUUGCUGACGGAGCCAUCGGAUGCAGACGACCUUGUGUUUGAGGUGGUGUGUCCCUCCAUACCAGGCUAUGGCUUUUCUGAAGCCCCACAGAAGAAAGGUUUUGACUCGGUGUGCGCGGCCCGUAUUUUCCAUAAACUGAUGAAGCGUCUGGGAUUCCAGCAGUUCUACGCUCAUGGAGGAGACUGGGGCUGGCUGGUCACCACCAACAUGGCUCAGAUGGAGCCCAAGAUAGUUAAAGGCCUGCACCUGAACUUUGCUCCUCCCUCCAAGCCGGGGCUGCCCAUGGUUUUGUCCAUCAUGCUCGGCCGCCGCUUCCCCAAGCUGUUUGGCUUCACUGACAUAGAUGUUAAGCGCCUCUACCCUUGCAUGGAGAAACUGGUGGUGGAGACCAUGAAAGAGUCUGGCUACAUGCACAUUCAGGCCACCAAACCUGACACUGUGGGGCGAGGACUGAAUGACUCCCCAGUUGGUCUGGCUGCCUACAUUAUGGAGAAGUUCUCCACAUGGACCAACCACGACUUUAGGAACCUGGAGGAUGGAGGACUGACCAGGAAUUUCUCUCUGGAUGACCUGCUGACGAACGUGAUGAUCUACUGGACCUCUGGCUGCAUCAUCUCAUCCAUGAGGUUCUACAAGGAAAAUUUUGGCUUUGACCAGCCUCACGCUAAGAUGCCCGUGCAUGUGCCCACUGGUUAUGCCUGCUUCCCCAAUGAGCUGAUGCACACACCCAAGCUGUGGGUUGAACAGAAGUAUCGUAAACUCAAGACCUUCACACUAAUGGCCCGUGGUGGCCAUUUUGCUGCCAUGGAGGAGCCCCAGCUAAUGGCCCAGGACCUCCAGAACUUCACCAAGGCAGUGGAGAGGAAGAAAUAGGCACAUGUUUGAGUGAUGAAUGAACAGAUCGAUGAAUAUAUGGAUGAUGGAUGCUUUGGUUAAUCAGUGGAUUGUGAGUGGAUUGUUGGAUGGACUGAAAUUGUCCAUUGUGAUUAUGGGUGAAGACUUGUUUGAUGUGUUUCUUUAUGAAGUGUGAUUGAGUAAACAAUGUUGCUCUCCCAGUGAAAUUUCUAAGCACAUUACCUAAAAUGUGGACCAGUGUUAGUAUUUGAAUAAGUGAUACGAUCUCCCACAAUGGAGGCCGGUAGAUUCCCCAGAAAGACCAAAACCCCUGUAAAACCCUGAGAUGAGUGCAUUUUUUCUCACCGUUUAAAACUUGAAUUAUCAGAAUUACAGAAAAAUGCAAACAAAUGGAACUUGUUGCCUGUAGACAAAUCAUGGCAACUCUUGUGUUUCAGAGUUGUAGUCCCAUCUGAGCAUUCUAACAGGUCGGGGGUUGAGGCUUUUAAUAGAUUACCUAGACUAUAUUCACAGGGUCAUUAGAUGAAUUUUUCUAAUGUGAGAAAAUAUUUCUCACCUAUAGAUUUAAUGGCAAUUUAAAAAAAAAAAAAAGAUGGAUGCCUUUCCUAUAAAAUAAUCAGUAUUUGCAGUGUUUAAGCUUAAUUCAGUUACUAAUCAAGUGGAAUAAUUUGAAAUUGAAAAAUAAAAAUCAUAUUAGUUGGCGUCAAAGUUAAGAGAAAUCCCUGCAGUAGGGGUCACAAGGAGGCAUCAUGUUGUGGAGGGCCACGAGCUGAAAGGGUCAGGAAUCAGUGCCAUGGACUCUCCAGCAUCCAUUCACUCUCUCUGUUGCUUUUGUUUGAGUGCUUGGCUUCCUUUAAAGUUGCCUCAACCUUGUAGUCUUGCAUCUAGUUUACCCCAGAUGGGAGGUCAGGGAGCGCUUGGUAUUGUUGUGAUGACAGCGUAGAGAAUGUGCCAGACAUUCCUCUUCCUGAUAACACCGCCACGCUCCUGCCACAUGAUCGCCUUGUACCUAAAUAAUUGCAAAUCAAAUGUUUUUUUGCUCUGUCAUUUCAAUGCAUGAAGUGGCCUUGUGUCCUCUGUAUAUUACCAUUUCAAACCCAUUUCAAACCCUUUUCGAGUUUUCAGAAAUGCAUUAUGUUUUUUUUUUUUUUUUUUUUUUUCAAUCCUGGAUAAACCAUUUACAUCCAUGAAACAGAACACCACUGUGUUACUGAAGCCACAGUUGUGUUUGAUGAUAUUUAAGCUGAAGCUUUGUAAAUUAUCAGUUAUCUACAGAACCAAAUAAUUUUAUAUAAAUCACAAUGUUUCUCAUUUAGGAGCUGCGAUUUGGUGUUUCAAAAGACUUCCGGUGGCUGGGGGCUGAAGUUACAACUAUGUGAAUGAUUGUGAUGCAAUUUCAAAAAGCAGCUGUUGGCACCAGUUUACACACAUCUUUUUCAUACUCAGUACUGCGAUAUUUAGUACUUGUAACAUACUUCUUAAGCUUUAGAGUGAAAGUGAGACUAGCAACUCUGAAGAGAAACUGGAAUGAUGAUCGAUACUCAUUAUAAUGUCAUCUAUGCUAUCAUCAAGUUAAUUAGACAAAUAUUCUGUGAAAAUGGUAAAUCAACCAGUUGAGAGACUGGAUAACAAUUGAUUAAUCAGGUAUAGAGAUUUUUUCCCUCAUACAUUAAUGGCAAUUUUUUUAUAUUGAAUGUUUACCCUGUAAUACUUUUAAUUCAGCUACUGAGAUUUUUGUGACUAAUUUGAAGUGAGCUACUGAAAUACUGUUUUCACUGACAAUCCCAGCAGUAUCUGAUGUUACAUUUUUGAUUUGUAAUUCAGGAUUUUCACUAUUGCAGUGAUUGAUAUGAUUCCAAGAUGACCUAAAUGGCAGGUCAAAUUGUAUUUUGAAUACCGACAUAAUAUCCUGACAUUAUUUUUUGACCAAAUAAAGUUGAUGUUGAGCAUUGA